AUGUCCAAAGCACCAGUUUUAGAUAAGAUUUGUGGCGACGAAACGGGCUAUAAAACAGUGGUGUCUACGGGUAGUAGGCUAUAUGUCGAACUUCAUUCCACCUUGUUACCAGCUCUUCCAAUAGGAAAAUAUAACUCCAUCUGUGGUGGACCCAUUUUUGCUGACAGCGGAGUGAUUCAGAGCCCCAGGUAUCCUGAGUCCUAUCCACCAAACGCUGAUUGUUUUUGGACGGUGCACGUUUCCGAAGGCUAUCAGGUUGCCGUCGACAUCGUAUACUUUCAUGUAGGUUCACCUGUGUAG